CAAGCACUGCGCCAGUCCUUGACAUCAUCUAUGCCUCGAGCUACCGGCCUGCAACCCCCCGCCCGCACACCCGCCCCUCCUACGCGAGCCUGCCAGGCGACGCUCUCGCGUCCACUCGCCGACCGAUCAUAGCCUCUUUGCCUCCAAUAGCGGCCACGCACACGUCACCUACAGCCCGCGCCCCCCCAAAGGCCCCCGUCCCACUCACUGCCUUGGCCAGGUCCUAAUAAGGCAUCUCGAAGGCGGCGGCCGCUCCCGCGCAGCUCUCCACGAUGGUUCGCAUAAUCCCCUCGAGACUCAAGUCUCGCACCUCUAGCUCAAACGUCAACGGCGCCUCCAGCAACACAAACAGCAGAGACCCAAGCCGUAGCGCCAGCCCAGCGAGGCCAAAAGGAGAGCCCACAAUGUCUGAAGCCAAGCGAGACUCUGGUCUCGUGCUCAAGGUCACCGUCAUCCGAGCCCGAGACCUUGCUGCCAAAGACCGCAAUGGCACUUCCGAUCCUUACUUGCAACUGCAAUGCGGCGAGUCGCGCUUCGUUACCCAAUGCGUCCCAAAGACUCUCAAUCCGGAAUGGGGUCUUGUUUGCACUGUGCCCAUCAACGGUAUCGACAACCUCCUUCUCGACGCUGUGUGCUGGGACAAGGACCGCUUCGGCAAGGACUACAUGGGCGAGCUCGACCUGGCGCUUGAGGAAAUCUUCGCCAAUGGCAAGACGGAACAGAUGCCCAAGUGGUAUCCCCUGAAGAGCAAGCGUCCAGGCAAGAAGACGAGCAAUGUUUCCGGGGAGGUCUUGUUACAGUGCACGAUCUACGAUUCAACCAACAAAAACUCCAGUGACGAAGAGAUCCUGGAGAAGCUUCGUCUUCUUGCAGCCUCCAGCGUGCCGGAGGCCGGAGGCAGCUCUGGCAUGACCUCCACUGCGGAGGGCAGGAGUGAUUCUGAUCUAUCACCAUCACUAGUCCCCGACAUGUCCCCAGAGGACGAAGACGAAGAUUAUUUCGACGACGAGACCCCCGAAGACGAAGAUCCCACCAAACCCGAGGCAAUUGAGAAGCGAAAACGGCGACUCAGAGUCAAGGGCCUCAAGCGCAAGAAGAGGAACAAUCCCUACGAGUUCCUGAACGGAGGGAGUGACGUUGUCGGUUUGGUCUUCCUAGAGAUCAGCCGUAUCAGCGAUCUACCACCGGAGUCGAACCUGACCAGGACAAGCUUCGACAUGGACCCGUUUGUUGUGGCGUCCAUGGGAAAGAAGACAUAUCGUACCAAGGUCGUCCGUCACAACUUGAACCCUGUGUACAAUGAGAAGAUGCUCUUCCACGUACUGUCACACGAGCAGUCGUACUCCUUUUCGUUCACCGUCAUCGACCGAGACAAGUACUCUGGCAACGACUUCAUCGCCUCGGCCUCCUUCCCGAUGCACGAGCUGAUCGAGAAGUCGCCCAAGGCCGAUCCGAAAACUGGGCUGUACCAACUGAAAGAGCCAUCAGAGUAUGUUCCUGUGCAGAAACCCGGCAAGCUCGCGAGGUUAGGACUGUCCAGAUCCUCUUCAUCUACAAGCUUGAGCAAGGGCCGCCCGCCGUUGUCCAAGACUCCCAGUGCUGCUUCCGGUGUCUCGCAGGUCGACGGAGCGCUGCCAAGCCGGCCGGCGCCCACCUCUGCCCCGACGUCUGGACAGCUGCAGCUCGAAGUGCCCAUCUUGAAUGCGGAGGUUGAUGGUGGCGCUGCGGAAGCCGAUGACUUCACUUCCUUCACCAUCCCCCUGAAAAUGAAGGACUGGGCGAAGUGGGAGGACAAGCACAAGCCCGAGCUGUUUAUCCGUGCCAAAUACAUGCCAUACCCGGCACUCCGGCAGCAGUUCUGGCGCGCCAUGCUGAAGCAGUAUGAUGCCGACGAGAGCGGCGCCAUCAGCAAGGUUGAGCUGACCACGAUGCUGGAUACGCUGGGGUCUACGCUCAGGGAGUCGACUAUUGAUGGAUUCUUCAAAAGGUUUGCUCAUACCGCUGCUUCUGGAGAGGCGAACCUUACUAUGGAUGAGGCCGUAAUCUGUUUGGAAGACCAGCUUGAGGCUCGCAGUAAAUCCCCGCAGACGGCAGCUGCGAAGCUCAAGUCAAUGGUCCCCGAUGCGAGCACUGUCAAGAACAUGAUUCCGGGCAUGGGCAGCAACGAUAGCAACCUGGCCACGCCCUCAGACGAGGACAGCUUCGUGCUUCCAGCACCCGAGUCCACCGUGCAAGGCCAGACGCCUGGAACUGCUACGUUGGUGGUUCCGGAACGCGGUUCUCCAGGAGCAGAGGGAGAUGCGUUGAGCAAAGACGACCUCACUGCAGACCGUGGCGAGGAGGAACACGUCGUGGAGAUCAGAGAAUGUCCCAUCUGCCACCAGCCUCGCCUCAACAAGCGCCGCGACAGAGACAUCAUCACGCACAUCGCAACUUGUGCCAGCCAGGAUUGGCGUCAGGUCAAUUCCUUGAUGAUGGGUGGUUUCGUCACUGCCAGCCAAGCCCAGCGAAAAUGGUACUCCAAGGUCAUCACCAAGAUUGGCUAUGGUGGCUACAGGCUGGGUGCCAAUUCUGCCAACAUCUUGGUGCAGGACCGCCUCACUGGACAGAUCAACGAAGAGAAGAUGAGCGUCUAUGUGCGCCUUGGCAUCCGUCUUCUGUACAAGGGCAUGAAGUCCAACCAGAUGGAAAACAAGAGAAUUCGCAAACUUCUCAAGAGCUUGUCGAUCAAGCAGGGCAAGAAGUUCGACGACCCGGAAUCCAAGUCUCAGAUUGAAGGCUUCAUCGCGUUCCACAAGCUGGACAUGUCGGAAGUCCUGCUCCCCAUUGAAAAAUUCAACAACUUCAACGAGUUCUUCUACCGCGCUCUCAAGCCAAACGCUCGACCAUGCUCCGCUCCCAACAACCCGCAUAUUGUUGUGUCUCCCGCCGAUUGCCGCUCAGUCGUUUUUAACAGCAUUGACGACGCCACGAGCAUCUGGGUCAAAGGUAGAGAGUUCUCAGUCAGCAGCAUCCUCGGAGACGCAUACCCCGAGGACGCGAAGCGCUACACGAACGGCGCCUUGGGCAUUUUCCGUCUCGCCCCCCAAGACUACCACCGCUUCCACAUUCCCGUCGACGGCAUUCUCCAGAAGCCCAAACUCAUUGCCGGCGAGUACUACACCGUCAACCCCAUGGCGAUCCGGUCAGCCCUCGAUGUCUAUGGCGAGAACGUCCGUGUGGUAUGCCCGAUUGACACCGAGCUCUUCGGCCGGGUCAUGGUCAUCUGUGUGGGUGCCAUGAUGGUUGGCAGCACCGUCAUCACUCGUAAAGAGGGUGAAGAAGUCAAGCGUGCGGAAGAGCUUGGGUACUUCAAGUUUGGAGGCAGCACGAUUGUCAUCCUCUUUGAGGAGGGCAAGAUGGUGUUUGAUGACGAUCUCGUCGACAACUCAAGGAGUGCUCUCGAGACCCUGGUAAGUUUGGAUAUGAAGUGAGCUUUACGAAAGCUGGGUACGUUCACUAACGAUGUCGCCACAGAUUCGCGCCGGCAUGUCCGUCGGACACUCUCCUCAUGUGACGCAGCAUACACCUGAUAUGCGCAAGGA